CAGUAAUGUCCUACUCGAUGUUGAUUUUAAUGGGCGGCUAGGAGACUUUGGGCUUGCUAGAUUGUAUGAUCAUGGUGAAAAUCCUAAAACAACCCAUGUGGUUGGAACUUAUGGGUAUAUUGCACCAGAGCUUGCUAGAACUGGUAAGGCAACUACUAGCACUGAUGUCUUUGCUUUCGGGGUUUUUAUGCUCGAAGUGGCUUGCGGACUAAGGCCUCUAAAGGUACAGGGAUUUGAUGAUAAAAUUCUGGUUCAGUGGCUUAUGGAGAAAUGGAAAGAAGGAGCAAUCCUUGAGGCAAGUGAUCCCAGAUUGGGAGUAUGCAGGCCUAGCAUGAGGCAAGUGAUGCAAUAUUUGGAUGGAGAUGCCAUCUUGCCGGAAGUAUUUAUGGAUGCUGCAGGUGUUGGCAUGGCUGGAUUAGUGGGGAAUGAAAUGUCAAUUGAAUUGGCAACGACAUUUCCUUCUUCAUUGUUGGAGAAUAUGUCUUUUAGUGCCCUAUCUGAUACAGAGUCACUCCUUUACGUGGGACGUUAG